UUUAGAGAACAGAAAUAGAACCAGAGAGCAGUGAGCUUAGCACAGAGUGCAGUAAAUGACUUCUGCCCAUAUUACCCAGGACUGCAGCAUGGAGAACCCAAAAUCCAAAACCUCCCUUAGGCAAAUAAGAAAACCAGUGGUGGAGAAGAUGAGACGGGACCGGAUAAACAGCAGCAUCAAGCAGCUUCGAAUGUUGUUGGAAAAGGAGUUUCAAAGGCACCAGCCAAACUCUAAACUGGAAAAAGCAGACAUCCUAGAGAUGACAGUCAACUACCUGAAAGAGCAUCAGCUCCAGAUGAAUGCAGUUGCAUUUGCUCGGAAAAGCCCAUUCCAAGAUUACAACCAAGGCUACAGCAGGUGUCUUGAAGAGACUCUUCAGUUCCUCUCUCACACUGAAAUGCAAAAACCUGCAAACUUGAAACUGGUGCAGCAUUUUAACAGAACUGUUCCUGCUGACAAUAACCUGCCCCAAGGUGCUCCAAGCCUCAAACAGCCCUCAUCCAACACAGCAGCAAUAAUCUGGAGGCCAUGGUAAAUCACAGCUGCCCUUGCCUACUGCUGGAGGACCUGCAUAUUACAGCUCCUGCCACAGACACAGGGGUUAAAGACUAAUAUAAAUGGAAUAGAGCAAUGUCCCAGGCCUGUAUGGACUGACAUUCCUCUUUAAAGUAGAAAAGUUUCUUUUCAUGUUUAAUUACUAGUUGCUUCAUGUUGAAGUGUUAAUGGACUAUAGUAUUUCAAAGAAAAUGUAAAAGCACUUAAAUACAUAAAUAUAAAUGUUAUAUAAUGAAAUCAAUGCUGUUCUGUUUUGCGUUUCAAAAAAAUUGUAAAAUCAUCAGACACCUAAUUACACCUGUCUUCCAUCAAGAGCA